AAAAAAAAUGGCAGUUUUUGACAAUGGAGUCAAAUUCAAUUUUGGCAUCACAACUGUCAAUGAUAAGAACUGAUUUUACCUGUUAUCGAUGGAUGGUCAGCUUUGGAAUGACGAGCACAUUGACGUCAUUUUCUAUUACUUUCGGAAGAAAGGAAAGUAUGAUAAAAGGAACAAUUUCAGCUUCACCACUGUUGACUGCCUAUUCAAGCAGAGAAUUGAUGUGGUCCACCACGCAUAUCACAAUGUUGAAACCCAGACAAACGUGGCAAAUGAAGAGCAAGUAUUGAUUGAGUAUGUUAAGGGCCACAGGCUUAUUGCCAAUGUCCCGUGGCAUACGGUUGACAACGUGCUAAUACCGGUGAAUAUAAAAGAAGAAAAUCAUUGGUUAUUGGUACUUCUUUCAUUCAAGGACAGGCGUCUGUAUGUUUACAACUCGUAUCAAUCAGCCGGGCACAACGCAGUUGUUAGGAAUGAAAUAAAAAAGCUUGCUACACUUCUGCCACAUUUCCUACAUCUGGCUGGAUUCUAUGUAAAUAAAAAAAGCAUAGAUUUGGUGAAAGACCCAAAGAUAUGCGGAUAA